GCUCUUUAAAAUGCGACACAUUCCGGAAACGGAAACGCAUUUUCGCGAUCAACUCUCGGACGCGUCGCGGUCGCGUCAAGGAACACGCGUGGCGUUGCCGCCUUCACAUCCGGUACGCACGUGUUCGCGCGCGCGCCUACACCGAUCAACUUUUAACCGUCUGAAUGCGCGAAGCUGUACUGGACCUAUCGUCGCUUCAAUCGAAAAUCUUCAAUUGUUGUUGGUAUUUAUUCUUUUUUAUACCAAUUGCGCUAUUUUGGCUCCUUGAAAUUAAUUUCGAGGAACCCAAGAUUAAUUAUGUCUUUCAGUUAAUAUAUAAUAUUUCCAUUGCUCUCACGAUCCAAUGUCAGUAACUGCAUUACAGAUUUUCACGUCAGCUUCAAUAGGGUAAUUACCGUUUUUAUCUAUAGCUACGCGUUUGUUACAUAUUGUAAAUAUUGUAUAAAAUUAUCAGUGACAUUUCUCUCUCACCUAAGAGGUAAGUAAAUAAUAUAAUUGAUAAUAAUUUUCAUGUACCUUAAAUUGAUAGUAAGUCAUAAUAAGAUGAAAAUAAUAUUUUUAUACGCUUUAUUUUAUGAUUUAUUUAUGGAGCUUAAAUAAAGAUGAAGAAAAUUAUCUGAUGGUCGAUCAUUUUCAUAGGUAACGAGAAGAGAGGACAUAUUAAUCUAUUUAUAAAUUGCCUCUCUCUCUCUCUCUCUCUGUCUUUCUCUUUUACGUGCCCCUCCCGCUCUUCUCGAAGGAUUUCAUGGCGUUAAUUUUAGUUUCGGCGGAGACGAUGCCGUGACCGGUAGCGCGAGAGUGCACUUGAUCGAGAUAACGUUCGAUUGUGUACAAAUCUGCCGAUAUCAGAGCCCUGAAUGUACUUUGCACGGUAAACGGAGUUCGAUGCGACAUCAUUACAUCAGUCUCUCGAGAUCGACGCAUUGAACUGUCGCUGGAUCAGAUGUGAGAUUAUGUGUUUCAUGCUGAACUCGACUAGAAAACUUAUUAUUGCUUAAUGGAAUAAGCAAUAAUUUAGUGCCAAUAAAACGUGACAGAGUGGAAAAGUUAAAUUCUCGUCAUGGAGAACGUGUGGAGUGACGGUAUCUCUGGAGAACGAAAGGAUCUCGCCCCUAUAAUGGAAGAAGAGGAUAAAGGACAAGCGAAAGGUUCGCAGUCGGACUCGUCGGACGCGGCGUCGACUAUAAAACGUUGGAACAGUCGAUGGACGCCCUCAGAGGGCUACGACUCGUCGGGCACGUCGACCAACUCCGACGAGUACGUCGAGGAUUAUCCGCGGGAUAUCGGAGCGAAUCUGUCCGAACCGACUGUCGCGUGCCAGACAACCUACCGAUCGCAGGAAUGUUUAUGUCAGGCUUGCUUACUCGGCUAUGCUAAGAUGAUAGCGCUUCAAGGGAGUAUGCCUAAUAUCUGUGCAGUGUCCAGUGGUAUGGCUAACAUCUGCCCGGCGUCGACCGCGCAUCUAGGAAGUUUCCCAUCGCUCUGCGGUGCGAUGCCGUGUUCAAGCGUUUCUAGUGAGCUCGCGCAUCACAUCGUUAAAGACCAAGCGAGAAACAUCGCUCAUUAUCCGCACGUCUGUCAUCUGCAACAAGAUUCGGUCUUCGCGAAGGAGCGAGAGAUACACGCUGGUAGCAGGACGAACAGUAUGACGUCCCUGCCGACGGGAAGAUGCGCCGGUUCUUUGGAUAGAAGGCGACGCAGAUUUCGCAGUAGAGUGGACCGCGAUCAGAGAGCUAUGUCUCAUAGCGAUCUAAUCUGUCACGAAAGGGAUAAAUUGCAUCAUUAUUGCUCAUUGCAACAGUUUCACUGCGGAAGCAAUAUGUGCAUAAAUAAUUAUCAAAGCAAAACGGAGGAACGGCUAAGAAAAUUGGAAAGUGAACGUGGAGCGUUGCACAUGGAAGUAUCAGUUUUAUCCGAACAAGUCGACGCACAAUCGAAUAAGAUCCAAGAGUUGGAGAGCAUACUCCAGGAAAAGAAGGAUGCUCUUAGACAGAUGGAAGAAGCGUUACAAAAGGAAGUUCUAUCGAGAAGCGCUUUGGAAACGCAAAAGUUGGAGCUUCUUACCUCCUUGUCCGAAAUGAAACUCAGACAAGCUAGUUUGGAGCACGAAAAUCUGUCGCUGCGCAGUACAAGUCCUUUAUCGAAUGGUGAAAGAUUCAGCAGACAUACAGGUCAAUAUAGUAGUCUUCCUAGGCCACCAACGUCCAAGAAAGGCGUUGUAUUUGGUAAGGUUCCAAAUUUAGUCUCGGGAGCGCAUACGACGGUACCCUUGGCUGUUAGGGGAGUCUCUGCGAGAUGUCUAUCCGCGCCUAUUCUAGCGGAGGAAGCAAAAAUUAUGAUCGGCGAAGCCAACGCGCAAGUGGAAUUGUUGCCACCGAAAUCGCUCGUGGAACUCGGUAUGGAGGAGAUUGGUGAUUGGUUGGCUCGCCUUGGCCUGGAAUGCUACGCCGCCGAGUUGAGACGAUGGGGUGCUACCGGAUUGAAACUCCUCAACGCCACGCAGGUUCAAUUGGAGAAAGAGUUAGACAUAAAGAAUGCUCUGCACAGGAAAAAGUUACUUUAUGCCAUCGAAUCGGAGCGAAGCAACAGCGCUGGAUUUCUUGGUUCUCACAAGAUGGAUAAUGCAGCCGUAUUACGGUGGCUAGACGAUAUCGGACUGCCGCAGCACAAGGAAGCCUUCCACAACGCCAAGAUUGAUGGUAGAGUUUUACAUAGGUUGACCACAGAAGAUCUUUUAAAUCUCGGAGUGACUGCACAGUUGCACGCCGCCAGUUUAAGACGUGGAAUUCAGGUUUUACGAGACUUGAACUUCGAGUUUGAUAAUCUCGAGAGAAGGUCCGUGAAUGGGAAUGGUGCCGACGGAACGAACGUGACCCUCUGGACGAAUCAUCGUGUGAUGGAGUGGCUGCGGGUAGUGGAUCUCGCAGAGUAUGCGCCCAACAUGCGCGGCUCCGGUGUUCAUGGCGGUCUGAUGAUCCACGAAGGUCGAUUCACUUCAGAGCUACUCGCUACAUUGCUCAGCAUUCCACCGGCAAAGACUUUACUUCGUAGACAUCUGACGACACAUUUUAAUCAGAUUCUCGGCAGAGAAGUGGUUCAACAAAAGCGAGAAAUAGAAAGCACUCUCGGAUUCGUUCCAUUGACGCUUACCGCUAGAUUAAAGAUACCAAAGAAAUCUCAAUUCACGCUGAAACGCAAGAAGAGUAAAAACGAGAUGGAUUUCGGCAAUUUGGUUUGUCCAUUGGAGGCAUCGCCACCAGGUACCCCAUCAACGCCCUCGUCAACACCGGGCAGCCCUAACUUGAACUCACCCACAUUCUAACCACAAUUAAAGCUUCAUUCGGGUAAUCAUCUAAACUAACUUACUCGGAGGAUACUGGACAACGGAGAAUUAUAGGUUGCAUAUGAAGUGGACGAAUUACGAAAGGAUAUAUUUCAAUAUUAAAACAAUGGAUAUAUUUAUAUAUAUGUGUGUGUUUGUGUAUGUAUGUGUGUAUGUAUGUAUAUGUGUAUAUAUAUAUAUAUAUAUAUAUAUAUAUAUAUAUAUAUAUAUAUAUAUAUUCAAACAAGCUGAAACAACGCGCAAAGAAACACCAGAAUCACCAGGGACCAGUUAUCCAUAUCGUAAAAUACAUAAUUACUCUGAAAUGUGCAUUUUGAUAAGAAAAGUUGCAUAAAUGAGAGCUAACACCGCCAAAGUUUUAUUAACCGUUAACUAAAAGAUUCGAUAAAAAUUAACCGUUUAAUAGAGAAUACAUAUUUUUAUUACAAAACAUUAAAUUAUAUCUAGAUAUAGGUAUAUCGUAAAUUGGAAAUAAACAUUAAAUUUAUACCUA